UUCAUAUAGUACGCUUUGGUUUCAUAUAUGAUACCACUAUAACCUAUAGGGUGGAGGAAAACAUCAUUUUCACCAGUUGUAUCUACAAAACGGUUUUGCGGUACGUGUGCCUGAUUCGAAAAAAAUAAGGAACUUCAAGGAACUCCAGGCGUUAAAAACAAAAAAAACCAAAACCAAUAAAGAUUCUUCAUCCUAAAUUCUUAAAAAAAAAAAAACUUCUUCUUCUUUUGAACUCUUCAAUCUGUUACUUGAUGCUUAAGAUUUCUUCUUUCUCAUCUCACUUCCUACUACUUAUCUAAGAAUAUAAAAAAAAAAUUCUAAAACUAUAUCUCAAAAAUAAAUUCACAAUGGAUUGGAAUUGGGCUAUUGGUGGAAUUACUGAUGAAGUACCACGAACUGCUGGUCCAGAUUGCAUUGAAUACAUGACAACUCAACGCCGCAUUAUUGAGGCAAUCAUCGUGACAAUUUUGUGCCUAUGGGUCACACAUUGGUCCUACAAACGUAUGGAUCCCAUCGAAGUACCAGCCGGACCACCUGAACCACAUUCGCCUAUGAGGCUUUUCCUUCUUAUUCUAAUGUGCUUUAUAUUUGGAGUUGAAAUGGGUUUUAAAUUGGCUGGAGAAUCUGUGAUAUUUGUUCUCAAUCCAUGUCAUAUCCAAACAAUAAUUCAAAUAUACCUCUUGGCAGCGAGGCCUAGUAAACUUACAAUAGCCUUGUUUAGGAUACAAAUGAGUUAUGUAAAUGGACCGUUCUUGGCUUCUUUGUUUCCUGAAGUUGAAAGCAGGACGUAUGCUUUUGAAAAAUGUACCUAUUGGAUACAACAUGCUUUGUUGUAUCUUAUACCUGUUUAUAUGUUAAGAAGUGGAGCGUAUAAGGCGGAAAAGUUGAAAGACUUUUACUGGGUGGCCAUUGGUGUGUCAAUUAUGUUUCUUUAUCAUUUCAAUUUCCUGACAUAUAUAUCGGUGUUAUCAGGAGUGAAUCUCAGUCAUAUGAUGUGUGCAGCAAUAGCAGAUCCUUUUCAAGGCAACAACUAUCGCAUAGCUGCCUUGUUCCAUGAGUCAACUCUAUGCCCGAUCCUCAAUAAACUAACAAUCAUAAUGUUCAAUAAACCUGAAUCCGAUGAAACGUCGAGUUCGCAUGUGAAAAAAAUCUUACAAAAUAAAACCCAAGGAGUGGAAACUAUCGAGCAUAAUAUACUGACAACUAAAAUUGAUUAGUAUUUAAUUAAAAACAAAAAGAAAAAUUAGCAAAAUUAUUAUGUUGUAAAAGUUUUGUUUGUUAA